GGCAAUUAGUCAACCUUUCCUCUACACAGGUUUUGAUAAAUCUCCCCUGAUACCUCACACAGUCACACAAGCAAAAAAUAAAUAAAAAUACUACAGACAAUGAUAAAUCCUCCUCAAUGUGUUCUUAUUGCUGUCAUGCACUCUACCCUGACCUCCAUGCUGAUGUAUGUAUUAUAUAUAAGCUAUAGGUGAGCUGACUGUUUCUUUUUUUGUUGUUACAUGGUUCAAUGGACUUAGGUAUUUUUUACACCCAUGUAAUGUGUGGGUAGGACAGAUUGGAGCGCUGCCAAAGUAUACAGAUAAAGAUUCUUUAGGGGUUAAAACUGGGUAGAACUACCUGUGUUGUAGGCGGCUACACGGGUAUAAAAGUCAACCAAGCGCAGAGGACAGAAUAGAGAAGACGGGAUCAGUGUGUGGUGUCCCUGUACAGUCCACACUACAGGACUACAAGUUCCUCUGGAGACAUGUUGCCCUUUGAUCCAAUCUCAGUUCUUUUGUUCAUCAUAACAUGUAUUUUCUUGGUAACUGUUUUAUUCAAAGAAAAGGAACAAGUUCAUGAGAAUUAUCCUCCUGGUCCAAAGCCUUGGCCGAUAAUUGGAAAUAUUCUCAACCUGAAUGUUGAAAAGCCUUACUUAUCAUUUCAAGAGCUUGCUAAGAAGUAUGGCCCAGUGUUCAGUAUAAAGAUAGGAGUCCAGAAGAUGGUUGUGCUGUGCGGAUAUGACACAGUGAAAGAAGCUCUUGUCAACCAGGCAGAGGAGUUCUCUGACAGACCGAGUAUACCUGUUUUCAUGGAAAUAACAAGGGGAUACGGUCUUGUCUUCUCUAAUGGACAUAGCUGGAAAGCCUUGAGACGUUUCACUCUUUCUACAUUACGGGAUUUUGGUAUGGGGAAAAGAUCCGUAGAAGACAAGAUUACAGAGGAAUCCAAUUGUUUAGUGGAGACAUUCAAAUCCUACAAAGGUGAACCCUUUGACAACACCAUGAGAAUAAAUGCUGCCGUUGCUAAUAUCAUUAUAUCUUUAAUACUCGGCCAUCGCUUUGACUACGAUGAUCCGAAACUUCAGAGACUUUUGGUCAUAGUAAUGGAUAAUGCCAGGAUUGUUGGUACCCCCAUGGCCAUGCUUGCUAAGAAGUACGGCCCAGUGUUCAGUAUAAAGAUAGGAGUCCAGAAGAUGGUUGUGCUGAGCGGAUAUGAAACAGUGAAAGAAGCUCUUGUCAACCAGGCAGAGGAGUUCUCUGACAGACCGACUAUUCCAGCUAUCAUGGAUGCAACAAGGGGAUACGGUCUUAUCUUCGCUAAUGGACAUAACUGGAAAGCCAUGAGACGUUUUGCUCUCUCUACAUUACGGGAUUUUGGUAUGGGGAAAAAAAGCGUAGAAGACAAGAUUACUGAGGAAUCCAAUUGUUUAGUGGAGACAUUCAAAUCCUACAAAGGUGACCCCUUUGACAACACCAUGAGAAUAAACUCUGCUGUCGCUAAUAUCAUUAUAUCUUUAAUACUUGGCCAUCGCUUUGUCUACAAUGAUCCAAAACUUCUGAGACUUUUGGUCAUAAUAAUGAAUAAUGUCAGGAUUAUUGGUUCCCCCAUGGCCAUGUUGUACAACGCAUUUCCAGCCCUGAUGCGAUGGAUUCCAGGAAGUCACCAAACUGUUCGAAAAACCACAGAUGAAUUACAUUCAUUUAUCAGAGAGGUUUUCACAAAGCAAAGGGAUGAACUGGACGUCAAUGACCAGAGAAAUCUCAUAGAUUCUUUUCUGGUCAAACAGAAAGAGGAGAAACCUGAAUUAUAUUUUCAUGAUUUAAACUUAACCACUCUGGUAGCGGACUUGUUCGGUGCUGGAAUGGAGACAACUUCUACCACACUGAGAUGGGGCCUUCUAUUAAUGAUGAAGUAUCCUAAAGUUCAAGAAAACGUUCAAAAAGAAAUUGAAGAAGUCAUUGGUUCAGCUGAACCCCAGUUGGUGCACCGCCAACAAAUGCCAUACACAGAAGCAGUAAUUCAUGAAAUUCAGAGGUUCGCCAAUCUUGUGCCAACCAAUGUGCCACGUAUGACUACUCAAGAUGUCACUCUGAAGGGCUUCUUCAUACCAAAGGGGACUCACAUCAUUCCAUCACUGACAUCUGUCCUACGAGACACCAAAUACUUCAAGAAACCUGAUGAAUUUUACCCCCAACAUUUUCUCGACUCCAAUGGAAGAUUUGUCAAGAAUGAGGCCUUUAUACCAUUUUCUGUUGGGAAGAGAAGUUGUGUUGGAGAGAACUUGGCUAAAAUGGAGCUUUUCCUCUUUUUCACAAAGUUGUUACAAACCUUCACAUUCAAAGCUCCUCCUGGGGCAAAGCUGGAUCUCAACCCUGCCGUUGGCUUCACUUUAACCCCACAGAAGCAUGAGAUCUGUGCAAUUCCUCGCAAAUAAUGGACAGCCUGUGGUUGCCCCUGUCAGGCAUGACAUACGUCAGAAUGAAAUAGAGACAUGAGUCUCCAUUUUGACACCUGGUCAGCCAUUACAACUAGUUGAGAAAUUAAAGCUUAGAGCAGCAAUUGUUUAGUUCUCACAUGAUUAAAAUGCUUCCAUUUAUGUGGGAAGCUUACUAUGGGAGAAUACCUCUCAUAACAACAGGUGCUGUAACCCUGUCACAGAGGCUUUAUCUUCUUUUUGUUAUUUGUCUUAUAUUUGUCUUAAAGUAUUUUACUUUAUUUUAUGCUGACAAAGGUUUAACCCAUUAUAGUGCCCUGGGCAAUAGACAGUGCAAAACUGCCAUCAGUAGGUGGAGUAAGGUAUUGCCCCGGGGGUGCGUCCUAUGACCCAAGGGGGCAUAGUGGAGAAAUAAGUUGGGUUAGAUUUAGAUACUGAGGGAUAAGGCGGGGUCAGAGAACAACGGUAGUUGGCAACAGUGGUUGGGAAAAGUCUGGAGAGAAGGAACUGUUGUAUACACGAUAUACCUCUGGAUUUGUCCUCCUGGGAUCCCAUCUGACGGGUUUUGAUCUCAGAACUUUGCGAUAUUGGUAUAGUAUAAGUUCUGAUACCAUUAUCAAUUUAUUUUGCUGAUAGAAUCCUUUGAUACUUGACUGGUCUUAGGCAUCUAAGUGAUUUGCCAAUUGCAGACCAUAGUAGUCACCGUGUGUCAGAUAAAGCUUCAGUGAAUUCUGAAGAUUACUAAAGUUUUUGGGUCUGAACCACAUAGAGAAAUAUCUCUUUUGGUAUGUUCAUACAUCCCAUAGACAGGUUAAGACCUGUCGGAUAUUAAAGAGGUACUCUGGCUUUAAGACAUCUUAUCCCCUAUCCAAAGGACAGGGGAUAAGAUGUCUGAUCGUGGGGCUCCCACUGCUGGGGAACCCCGCAAUCUCUCACCGGUAUGAGCUGCACACAGCGCUCGAGGUGCCGAGUCUGUAUCUUGACAUCACGACUCUGCCCGGUGCAUAACGCCCCGCCGCCUCAAUGCACAUCUAUGGGAGGGGGCAUGACAGAUAGGGGAUAAGAUGUCUUAGGGCCGGAGUAUGUGCAUAAAACAUGGUAUAUAACAAAAUUACUGUGUUUAUCAGACUGAGUUAACUUUAUUUAGAAGUUUGGUCUCUAAACAAAGGAAGUUUCAAUAGUUCAAUGUUGUCCUAUGGCAUAGAGUGAUUGUAGGCUUGUUUUACAUUAUAUUUAGCUGAAUCCCUAAGGCUGAUAUAUUGUGAAUAAUUGUGUUUUUUUUUUUUUACAGUUUGACACUGUUGUAUUAUUGCUUAAAUAGUUUGAGAUCAUGUGAUUAAAAAUGUACGCUUAUGUAGAUUAAGAUGGUUAGUUAUAUGAUAGUUUCACUUAUUAAAAUUUUUGAGUCAAUUGUUUCUUUAAUAAAACUGUAUAUUUUGAUUUCAUUAAAUCCCUGUUCUAUGUUUUAUUUAUUGUAUAGAUAUAAACUAUGCUAGA